AUGACGGAUAAGCUCCCUCCCAACCUGUUGGCGCUCUUCGCGCCGCGCCCUCCUCUGCGAUGGGUUGCGCCGCCCGACCAUGCGCCCGAGGCCCGACGAACCCUCCCCGUCUCUGGACUCGCCGAGUUCCUUCCCGCGCUUCAGCAAUACAAGGAGGAAGACGACUACAAGCCGACAGAAAGCUGGCUCCAGAUGCGCGACCGCAAGAAGCUCGAGAAGCAGGCAGCUGUUGAGAAGCUCAAGACCGAGGGGCCGAAGGACUUCAAACCGCACGAGGAUCCCAACAUCCGUGGUGACGCUUUCAAGACGCUCAUUGUCGCGCGACUCUCGUACGAGGCAAAUGAGCAAGACCUCGAGAGAGAGUUUGGUCGAUUCGGCCCCAUUGAGCGCAUCCGCAUCAUCACUGACACGCAUGCUCAUGAGAGACCCAAGAAGAAGAAGAAGCCCCAUCGAGGAUACGCUUUUGUAGUAUUUGAACGAGAGAAAGACAUGAGAGCUGCUCUAGAUGCCUGCGAUGGUAUUCGAAUCAAAGACCGACGUAUCAAGGUAGACGUCGAGAGAGGCCGCACCGUCAAGGGCUGGGUGCCCCGCCGAUUUGGCGGUGGCCUCGGCGGCAGAGGUUACACCAAGGCUCUUCCUGCCCGUCCCAUGGGUGGCGGACCUGGUGGCAACUUUGGCGGUGGCUUCCGAGGCGGUUUCCGUGGCGGCUUCGAGGGAGGUCGCGGACGCGGUGGCUUCAGGGGAGGUGGUGGAGGUUUCGGUGGCCGUGGUGGCUUCCGCGGCGGCGGCGACUUCGGCUCCAGGGGUGGUGACCGCGGACCAAACGGAUACGGCGCACCCAGAGACGCCCCUUCAGGACCUGGUCGCAGCUUCGGAGGCGAUCGUGGCGACCGAGGCGACCGCAGCUUCUCCGGUGGUGGGUAUGACCGUGGUGGUGGCCGCUCAUAUGACGACAGAUCCGGUGGUAGCGGCGGCGGCGGUUACCGCGAUGGAGGCCGCUUUGGCGAUCGGGACCGUGACGGUGGCCGACGCACUGGAAGCAACAUGGAACCCAUCAGGCCUAGAGGGGAAGGUGGGUAUCGCGACCGUGGUGACCGCGGAGACCGAGGCGACAGAGAGGACCGGGACCGUGGCCGAGACAGAGACAGAGAUUACGACCGACCUCGCGAUGACGACAGUAGAAAACGCGGCUACGAGGGCGGUGGCUACGAGGAUCCUCGCAAGUUGCGUCGUUACUGA